GGGACUCUCCAAACAGUAUAUAAACCCCAAGCAAAUAAGAGGUGAAACAUCCGCAACUGGGAAGCAUCUUGCUGCUGCUGCCAGCUUCGCAAUGCGCACCUCCCUGUGGAUUUUUGUGCUUGCUCUUUUCGCGCAAGCUUCUGCUGGAGUCUCAAAAGGUCUGAAAAAAGAUGAUAAAAAAACAGUCAUCUUUGAUCCAGAGGAUGUCACAAAAGAAUACACUUUGGAAGCGCUCUUAGCAGAUGCCAAUUACACAGAAACGGAAAUCUUUCUGUCGAACUUAGAGAGCACCACGAAUUCCGGAGUUAAUCCAACAACUGCGAAACCGAUCUAUCACAACGGAACGGAAGACAAAAGAAUUUUGGGAGGAACACUUAUUGCUGAUGCUGCUGGACUCGUGCCGCCGCUCAACGCCUAUAUCUUCGUUCAAGCCUCAAAUGCUGCUGGAGUUGUUAUAAACAAUUGUGGUGGUGUAUUGUUGUCACCCAUUUGGGGGUUGACGGCCGCUCAUUGCGUCGCACUGGCCACAGAUAUUACUGUCGUUGCUGGGGAGUUUGCUGAUCCGGUAACAGCUGCAGCCGGCAUAAAAAGUACAGCCACGGCAAUUAUUCAUCCCCAGUUUCUACUGAACUUCUUGACAAGCGACAUCGCUCUGCUUAGUAUAGACACACCCCUUACUGGCGCUUUCGGGACAGCUAAACUGUCGCUCGUCAAACCCACGGCAGCGUUGGACAAUAUUGUGUUUAGGACAAUGGGAUUCGGUACUGCUGAUGACAAUGCUUUCGACCCCGCGACAGCACCAGUACUGAAUUUUGUCGAUAUGCAGAAUAUGAAUAAGGGAACGUGCAACGCACAGACCAUAGGAAUUUUCGUGACGUACCCAGGAAACACGGGAUGUUUGAGCACCGCUUCCGGAAAAAAAGGAAUCUGCAAUGGUGACCCUGGUGGACCUGUUUUUUACGAAUCUCCAAAUGAUGACGUAGGGAAAAUUAUUGGGAUCAGCUCUCAAUUCAUUGGCUGCCCACGUCAACAACCUAGCUCAUUCACCUGGAUUUAUACCUUCAUUCCCUGGAUCCAAAAAACGACUCAAAAGACAUUUACGUAAUGCUGCGCACAUCAAUAUUAUUUAUUCGUGGCAUUGGAAGGUCGGACCCAAAUAAAUAAUUGUUAAUUUAAAUGA